AUCCAUUGCGAGAAAUUUCUUAAUCGUUUCAAGGAAGUGCGAUUCCACACGCCUGUUUCCAGCGACCAAUUCGUUCAUCAUCAUCUUCACGAUUUCCACCAUUUGAGUUAGGGUAAUUGUUUACUGCAAUUUGAUACUGCUUCCGUUGUCGAGUCUCAAAUGGCGACGGACACAUCGAUUGCUAUCAACAAGAAUCAUGGGAAGGUUCCGAAAAGAAUUAAUAAGUCCCAAAGGGAGAAGAAGAAGCGCGAGCAUUUAAACGAGCUAUUUCUUAAUCUGGCGAAUACUCUUGAAUUAUCCGAGCAGAGCAGCUGCAAGGCCUCUGUACUAAUCGAAGCCACUCGUCUGGUGAGGGACACGGCUGCGCAGAUCAAGAAUCUCGAAAAAGAAAACGCUGCAUUAUUGUCUGAAUCUGUCUAUAUAACGGUCGAGACAAAUGAGCUUAAGGAUGAAAAUUCUGCGCUGGAGGCCGAGAUUGGGAAGCUAAGAACGGAGAUAAAGUCGCGGGUUUCUGAUUUGCAGCUCGACUUGAACAAAGCCCCGGCUGAAAAUCAGGUUCACGAUCCGGUGGCAUUGCAGCACACAGGCGAUCCUCUUGUGUUCCAACAAGGACAAUUUUUGAACCUCGUACAUUUGUCUGAACAAGUUUUGCCGGGGCAUGGGUUCGCCGUGAGAAAACCGCAUGCUAGGUAUCCUACGGCGGCGGAUGGCUGGCCGUCGCAAGUUCUGGAAAAACAGCUGGCGCCGGAGCGGGGUAAAGGUGCUCGGGACGGCUACCGGGACGAUAAUUGCUGUGUGUAAACUGUAUUGUUUAGGACAGCUUAUGUAUAUCUUACUUGUCCUUUGUUAUUUGUUGCUUUGCUCCCAAUAUUUUUCAUUUCAUAUAUUCUUCUUAAA